AAAGGUCAAGGUCAGGUCAGAAAUUCCGGAAUGCAAGAUUUGACAAGUGAAAUUUUACUCUCUUCAUCGGGAUAUUGGUGACAUAUUACUCUUAUGCUGUUUAUAGCUACGAGAACUAAAGAUGUCUGACUGGAUAGACAUAAAGAAGUGUGGCCUUAAGAUUGAUCCGCCUUCCUUGGUGCUUAUAUAUUAUGACAGGAAGACGAAAAAACAACGACGAAGAACUAUGCCACUUAGAAACUUUACAAAAAUGUCUUACGUGGACAGAUUUGCUGCUGAUUUACGGUCAUGUCCAAGAAACUCAAAAUAUGUGAAAAACUUGCCGCAAGCCCAACUCCUCCGAAUGUUGACAAUUAUUAAAGACAGGCUUAAAGGAAUGAGUCUUGAGGCCAGCUUGGCCAGGAACCUUGAGAUGGACAAUAUUGAUCCUGAACAAGAUCUGAACAAAGUUGACGAGGAGACCCUGAAGAGAAAGAAGCUGCAGAUGGACAAUGGAUUUGAGAAAAAUCGCAAGAAGCCUGGUGACCCUGAUUUCCAGUAUGAUGUCGAGGUUGACUUUGACACCGGGGGCGUGGAAACCUCAGGGUGGGACUCGGAAGGCACUGACCCCGAGUUCUGAGGACUUGACUGAAGUCUGUUGUUGUGGGGUAGAUGAUGUCAGUAUGGUUGGAGGGUUAUGUAUGUUGGACAAUAGAUCCAGAGCUCCAGUUAAGCUUUUGGUGCUGUGGGUAUUUCACCCAUGCAUUUUAAAAUCAUUGGGUAUCAGUAAUUCUGUCUGGGUAUUCAAAUUUCUGUUACCCACUAGUUUUUGCACAUGUGGGUAUUUAAGUUAAAUAUUUAAAAACACUAUUCAUCUAGUC